AUGCAUCCAGACAUUGACCACGCCAAUGAAUGUGCGUGCAGUACCACUGGCCAUGUAUUUUCCAUUGUCACACCUGCAUGGGGCAUCCCAGUGUUGCUUCCCUUCCUCAAGGCAGUUUGUCAUAUGACACAAGAAGUCAUGGCAGGCCCAUCACACAGGCAUCUGUAUUGUUCAGCAGACUGCCAUCCUUCCAAAGGCAUCAACCAUGUCCUAUACAAACUCAACAGCCUUGUCUGGCCCCACAUUCAUAAAAUCCUAGUCGUCAUCGAGCCACUCCUUAUAGAUGAGGACUACUAUGCUUGUGUUGGAGGCCAUGAGGUCAUUUCCAACCUCACAAAAAGUGGCUGGCCUCUCACACACAUGGUUUCCACCAUCUGUCUGGACAUUGACUGUGCUGAUGAAUAUGUGUGCAAUACCACAGCCCAUGCCUUUUCUGUUGUCACACCUGCACUAGGCAUCCCAAUGUUGCUUCCCUUCCUCAAGGCCAUUUGUCAUAGCCAGAAGUUGCAGCAGGCUCAUCAUGCGGGUGUCCAUAUCGUUCAGCAGAUUGCCAUCAUGAUGGGCUGCACUGCCCUUCCUCACUUGUGCGGCCUUGUCAGCUGUGUUGCUCAUGGUCUCAUGGAUGAACAGCAGAAAGUGCAGACAGUGACUGCGCUUGCUACUGCUGCCCUAGCUGAAGUGGCUGCACCCUAUGGAAUCAAGUCUUCCAAUGAGGUUCUAUGGCCACUGUGGCUCAGUAUUCACCAGCAUCGCAGAAAGGGACUUGCUGCCUUCUUGAAGGCAAUUGGUUUCAUCAUUCCUCUCAUGGACCCAGAAUAUGCUUUGUACUACAUGAAGGAGGUCAUGGUCAUCUUGAUCCACAAAUUCCAGAUGUCAGAUGAAGAGAUGAAGAAGAUUGUCUUGAAGGUCAUUAAGCAAUGUGCUGCCACCAAUGGUGUAACUGCUCAAUACAUUAAGCAGGACAUUCUUCCAGACUUCUUCAAGUUGUUCUGGGUCUGUCGCAUGGCGCUGGACAGGCGAAACCAUUGUCAAAUGGAUGCAAAGAGCUGGGGUCUCUGA